CUACUGCCCGCUGUUCGCUUGCCGCUUUUCUCCGAAGAAGAAGUGCGAUAAUAAUUUGUUUCGCUGCUGCUGAAGAAGAAAUCUCGAUCUGUCGGACCGCAACGAUUGAUCACAGUGCUGCUCCGCUUAUUGUUCCGUGACGUCACUGCGAAGUGGACUGUCCUUUCGAGGUCAAAGCGAGUGUUGAAGCAAGUUGCUCCUGUCACCAUGGCGGCUCGACCUGCAUCUGCCUGGACCGGCAAUGAGGCUCUUAAAGAUGAUGACCCUGAAAUGUACAAGUUGGUCAACGAAGAGAAACGCCGCCAGGUUACUGGUUUGGAGCUGAUUGCUUCCGAGAAUUUCUGCAGUAAAGCUGCCUUAGAGGUGCUUGGCUCGUGCCUUAACAACAAAUACUCUGAAGGAUACCCUGGCCAAAGAUAUUAUGGAGGAACGGAGGUCAUCGACAAGAUUGAGCUCUUGUGCCAGAAGCGUGCCCUGGAUGCCUUCAACCUUGACCCGGCCAAGUGGGGUGUCAACGUCCAACCCUACUCCGGGUCACCUGCGAAUUUCGCAGCCUACACUGCGGUGCUCAAGCCCCACGACCGCAUCAUGGGUCUUGAUCUUUCCGAUGGCGGACACUUGACUCAUGGAUUUAUGACGGCCGACAAGCGUGUGUCUGCAACGUCGGUUUACUUUGAGUCGAUGCCCUACAAAUUGGACCCUUCCACUGGGUUGAUCGACUAUGAAGCCUUGCGUAAAUCUGCCAUUCUUUUCAAGCCAAAGGUCAUCAUUGCCGGAACGUCUGCAUACUCAAGACUGCUAGACUACAAGAAAUUCAGAGAGAUUUGUGACGAAGUUCAAGCCUAUUUGUUGAGUGACAUGGCUCACAUUUCCGGACUGGUUGCUGCCGGUGUCAUUCCAUCGCCAUUCGAGUAUUCUGACAUUGUCACAACAACCACUCAUAAGACUCUUCGCGGUGCAAGAUCAGGAAUGAUCUUCUUCCGUCGUGGCGAGAGAGGCGUCGACAAAGCCGGAAAGCCUAUUAUCUACGACCUGGAAACUCGAGUCAACUCGGCUGUAUUCCCCUCUCUCCAGGGCGGUCCUCACAACCACGCCAUCGGAGCAGUCGCUGUUGCUCUUAAACAGGCCCUGUCACCGGAAUUCAAAGAGUACCAGCAGCAAGUGCUGAAAAACGCAAAGGCCAUGGCUGCUGCCCUUUUGGCCAAAGGUCACACACUGGUCUCAGGAGGCACUGACAACCACCUCCUUCUGUGGGAUUUGCGCCCUCUUGGCCUUGACGGAGCUAGGGCCGAGGCUGUGUGCAACAGGGUAAGCCUCACUGUCAACAAGAACACUUGCCCUGGAGAUAAGAGUGCACUGACCCCUGGAGGACUGAGACUUGGCGCUCCGGCUUUGACGUCAAGAAAUUUUACUGAGAAAGAUUUUGAAACUGUUGUUGCUCUGCUUGACCGGGCUGUCAAAAUUGCUACCGAGGUCAAGGCUGUUUGCGGACCUAAAGUGAAAGACUUCAAAGAUUUCUUGGACAGCGAUGCAGCCACCAUCAAGAAAAUGGAAUUGCUGAAGGCUGAGGUGAAUGAAUUUGCUUCCAAAUUCCCAAUGCCAGGUUUCGAAGAUCACUAAGUGUCUCAAUCUCAACCCCAGGUGGUGGUGUUUAGAAAACAUUAUUUUUGUAUGAGAGAUUUUUAAACUCAUCAGCACAAAAUCAAACAAUAUUGUUACCAACAUUCCUGCGUAAUGCAAACAAGUGCCAUUAAAUAAUAAUUUACUAUUGGGCAAAUAAA